AUGGGAUUUCGAGACAAGUUUAAAAAGCGCGGUGAAAAAGUUGACAAAGAACAGCCAUCUGGGUCCUCACAGAUAUUCCACCCGACUUACUCACAUCAUCCUCUAGACUCGGAUCCACCUCUAGGCCCACCUCCAGGUCAUUAUGGUCCGCCCCCUGGUUCUCCCCCAAUUCACAAUGAAAAAUACCCUAUAACCAACAGCAAUCUUCUAGAGUUCAACACUAGCUUUCAAGCAUACGUACCUAACCAUGAAGCUGCGGUACAGAGUGAUUUAGCAUCUUACCCAGAAGCCCAGUCUGCUGGAGAGCCAGGGGAGCUCCCAUCUUAUCGUGAGGCCAAUAAUCAAGCAUUGCAACAGCAACAACAACAAAAUCAAAAUCAAAGCUUGCCACCAACGUACCGUCCAGCACCAUCUUCUCAUUUUAGAGCACUCUAUUCUUCAGCUCCAGAUGAAGAGCGUGACUUAGGAGACCAUUACACUUCACUAUUCCCCAUUUAUCCCCCACGGUUCUUGACCCAAGAAGAACAGCAGGUAAUCGCCAACAGACAACUCAUGCUUGUUCAACCACCAGUGCUAAUCACCGAUCUUCCUCGUGCAUUACGUUUUGAAUCACGAUUUAAAGGUCAAGUCACCCCAGCUCCAGGAGCUGGUGGUGCUCACAUACAAUGCCGUGCGCCUAAUGCUGCCGAUACUACAUUCGUGUCAAAUUUGCCCAUUUACUCACCUCACUUACGCAGCAUCAGCAACGGUAAAGCCCUAGGAGGUCAUCCCAGCUUCUAUUUUGAAAUUGUCAUCACGUCGCUUCCUUCUAACUCGGCCGAUGCCACAGUAGCCAUUGGUUUUGUAGCACUGCCAUAUCCUCACUUCCGUUUGCCAGGGUGGCAUCGUGGGUCUGUAGCAGUACAUUCUGAUGAUGGCCGACGUUAUGUCAAUGACUCUCUUUCUGGAAAAGACUUUGUGGAACCAUUUAGUAGUGUUGGUGCUGUGGUUGGAAUAGGAAUGAACGUGGAUCGCAUGGCGGUUUUUUUCACGCGUAACGGGCGUUUCGAGCGUGAAUGGUCACUAGUUCAAGAUAUGAAUCCACGUGGUAUUGAUCCUGCGCGUAGCUAUCGUGAUGGUGGUGUAGAGGGACUUCAAGGUGACCGAGACCUAUAUGCUGCUGUCGGGGUCUACGGUCCGGUGGGUGUCCAGGUGAAUCUCAAUGGCCCGUUCCGGUACUCUAUGUAA